CAGCCAUUUAUUAAUGUGAGGUUAUGGUAAGAUGCAAAGAAGAAAGUUUAGAAUUUUUGAUCUCUGCAUGUGUUACCUUUAAAAAUCACUAAAGCCCCUUUGCUCUGGAUAAGACCCAGCACUUGAUAUGGGGAAUCUUUCUGGUAACAUGGAGACACUCCCUUCAUUUCUGCCUGUGACACUGUGGGAGGCAUGAAGUUCUUCCUGUGCCUGGUCUCCUUCAGUUCAAAGAUCUCACUGACAGCAGGCAGUGCUUAUUCCUGACCUCUUUCAGAGGUAACUUUUGGAGAGAAGAAUGAUCUUUAAUGGUGACCUUAACACUCCUUAUAUAAGCCUCCUUUGUGCCUGUAUGGUGAAAUCUUACUCUCAGGAAUAAGUGUACCUUAAAGUAAUUUCAGUGAGUAAUGUGGAGCUGUGGAACAGCCCUUGCUUAUUGCACAGUGCAGCAUUCAUGGCUGAGUAGUUCUUUCAGUCCCUACGAAAGAGCAGCUUGUUCUCUCUCCACCUGUGGUGCCACUGGUAUUUCCUCCGCUUGGUGCCUCUCUGUGCUGAUCAUUGUUCUUACAGCAAGCAGAAGGACACAGGCAGUGCAGUGUGCCCUGAGAGGCAGCCCCAGCCCACAGACAUGGCUGUGUCCUUAGGGACUGUCCCCUUGCCAGGGCAACCAGCUGCACAGCUUACUCCUUCAACAAAACACGGUGUGUGGAAGGUGCAGCUCAAAAUUCCUGAUGGAAUUGAGGUGUUUGGUAAGCAUGCAGGAGACCUGUCUGAACCCAGCUGGGAGCAUCACACAUGGGACAAGGCAGUGCUGGGCAGAGGGCAGGCAUCCAGGUUUCUCCUUGGAUAUCCUUACAGAUGCUGUGGGCAGAAUGAAAGCCCCUAGUGAAACCACCUUCUUUGGGGGAUCAACCAAUGUGGUUUACCAAGCCCAUCACGUCAGCAGGAGUAAGCGAGGACAAGUCGUCGGUACCAGGGGUGGAUUCCGAGGCUGCACUGUUUGGCUAACAGGCCUUUCUGGAGCCGGUAAGACAACCAUUGGCUUUGCUCUGGAAGAGUACUUGGUCUCUCAUGGCAUCCCCUGCUAUUCUUUGGAUGGCGAUAAUGUUCGGCAUGGCUUGAAUAAAAACCUAGGCUUCUCAGCCGGAGACCGUGAGGAGAAUAUCCGCCGCAUCGCAGAGGUGGCCAGGUUGUUUGCUGAUGCUGGGCUUGUCUGCAUAACGAGCUUCAUUUCUCCUUUUUCAAAGGAUCGUCAAAAUGCACGGAAAAUUCAUGAGGCAGCUGGGUUGCCUUUCUUUGAAAUCUUUGUAGAUGCUCCUCUAAAUAUUUGUGAAAGCAGAGAUGUGAAGGGCCUAUACAAAAAGGCAAGAGCCGGAGAGAUCAAAGGAUUCACAGGGAUUGACUCAGAGUAUGAGAAGCCUGAAUCUCCUGAACUGGUGCUGAAGACAAACAUUGCGUCAGUGUCUGAAUGCAUCCAGCAGGUUGUGGAGCUCCUGCAAACACAAAACAUUGUGCCCUGUGCGUCAAUUAAGGACGUUCUUGAGCUGUUUGUACCCAAAAAUAAACUCGAUGCUGCCCGAGCUGAAGCAAAUGCACUGCCAUCCGUGGAGAUCACCAAGCUGGAUCUGCAGUGGGUGCAAGUGCUGAGCGAAGGCUGGGCCACGCCACUGAAGGGCUUCAUGCGCGAGGCAGAGUACCUGCAGGUCAUCCAUUUUGGCACACUGCUGAACGGAAAGAAUCUCUCUGUAGCUGACGGUGUUGUCAACUUGAGCAUCCCCAUUGUGCUGCCAGUCUCAGGGCAGGACAAGCAGCGGCUGGAGGGCUGUGGGGCGCUGGCGCUCAGCUAUGCAGGGUGCAGGGUGGCGAUCCUCAAGGACCCCGAGUACUUCGAGCACAGGAAGGAGGAGCGCUGUGCCCGCAUCUGGGGCACCACCUGUGCCAAGCACCCACACGUCAAGAUGGUGAUGGAGAGUGGAGACUGGCUGGUAGGGGGAGACCUUGUUGUGCUGGGAAAGAUCUGUUGGAAUGAUGGCCUGGACCAGUACCGCCUGACACCGCUUGAGCUCAAGCAGAAGUUCAUAGAAAUGAACGCUGAUGCUGUCUUUGCAUUCCAGCUGCGCAACCCCGUGCACAACGGGCAUGCCCUGCUCAUGCAGGAUACGCGGCGCCAGCUCUUGCAGAGGGGCUACAAAAACCCUGUGCUUCUCCUGCACCCCCUGGGUGGGUGGACCAAGGAUGAUGACGUUCCACUGGAGUGGCGGAUGAAGCAGCACGCGGCGGUGCUUGAGGAGCAUGUCCUGGACCCCAAAUCCACUGUCGUUGCCAUCUUCCCCUCUCCCAUGCUCUAUGCCGGCCCCACAGAGGUGCAGUGGCACUGCCGGGCUCGCAUGAUCGCUGGUGCCAAUUUCUACAUCGUGGGGCGCGAUCCUGCAGGCAUGCCUCACCCUGAGACCAAGAAGGACCUGUAUGAGCCCACACAAGGAGGGAAGGUCCUCAGCAUGGCACCAGGCCUGACAUCGGUGGAGAUCAUCCCCUUCCGCGUGGCAGCUUACAACAAAGUGAAGCGAGCUAUGGACUUUUAUGAACCAAAAAGGCAUGAUGAUUUUGACUUCAUCUCGGGAACACGCAUGAGGAAGCUUGCUCGCGAAGGGGAAAACCCACCAGAUGGCUUCAUGGCCCCCAAAGCUUGGAAGGUGCUAACUGAGUACUACCAGUCACUGGAAAAAAAGAAUUAAUACUACUUCUCCUCCUAGAAAUACUUGUAUUAAGAGUGAGUGAUGAUUGAUUGAUUCCCUGUGAUAGAGAUCAGCUACAUAGCAUUUUCACUAUUCUGACUAGUGGGACUUUCCUGCCUGGAUCAGAGUGGUUUUUAAUAAUCAGAAAUACUUUGAAAUGAGUCCUCCUCCCCUCAGAGCUGGAGGACGGCAGUCAGCCCUUUGCUUCCAGCUUGGUGCAGCUCUGGGACGCCUGGUGCAGUGUUGGAUGGGGCCAGCUGGCUCCUUUGGUGCUGCUGGGGCAAAUCUGUGCACCUGCAUGAAGCAGAAGCAAUGAAAUGUCCUUCCUUUACCCAUCGCCCAGCACUGCCCCAACAGAGGGAGUAAGGAGUAGUUGCUGCUGGCCCUCAGUGCUUGGAUCCAGUUGCUGCUCUUGAGAUCGUGCCUUAGACAACAUUUGCUAACAGUGGGACUUCUUAUAAGCAGCCUCAUUGCUGAGUCAGUGCCUCACUGUUCUUUUCUUCCUUUCUUCCUCCUGCUUGCACCCUCCAGUCAAAAAAAAAACUGGGUUCAAUCGUGGUGCUCUAAGCUCACUUCCCAUGAGGACACUGGGACUGGCCCGGUGCUCACAGCCCAGUGAGCGCCGGGAGUGGCUGUCCAGGGGCAUUACGCAGCCAGGGAGAUCGCUGAGAAGAUGCUGAGCACACAGGAUGGUGCGAAGUGCCGAGCUGGGGCUGCCUCUGCCUGGUGGAAUGUUUCUGCAGCACAACUCUGGUUUUCUCCUGCCAUGGACUUUGCCAUCACACCUCGUGCCUUCCCUCUGACUCGUGCUGCGAUGGUGUUGUGGGAGGGUGAGCAGAGGGCUCCACCCAGCACCUUCCCUAGCCACCGUGCUCAGAUGGGAGGUUUUAGGGGGCAGCAGAGGGAAGGCAGCCAGGUUUUCUGGCCUUUGCACAUGUGCGCUUCAGUCAGUUCCCCAGGGCGACUCAGCAUGGGUUUCACAGGAAUCGCUGUGCCUUCUUUUAAUUACAAAUGGAUCCAGGCUCAGCAAGAAAAGCCCUGGUUCUGCUGGUAACUGCACAUCAAACAACGCUGCAAGCUCAAGACCAGUUUUGCUGUGGCCAUGGUGCAGUAUCCAAGACUACAUAUGCAUCUGGGAAUAUUUUUGUAAGAAGUGUUUUAUUUUUCACUUGUCACCUGAUGUUGGGUUUUUUUGUAAUCUUUUUAUGUAUUCAAAGGGAAGAACAAAAAGCCGUGUUAUACCUCAAUGUAAUGCUGUAAUGACCACGGCAGUAGCCGAGAGCACACUAGCACCAGUACCUUCCACACACAGGCCCUCUGGCAGGGACCUGGAAGACAAAAGCAGGACUCCAAUUUAUAAUUGCAGCGUUUGCCAUUUUGAAGAAGCAUCUAGAGCUGUUGCCUUUCAUCCCAAAAGAAUCAAGCAGUGCAAGAGAAUGUACUUAAUCCAAAUGGUCACAGCAAAACACAGAUGUAUCAUUCUUUUAAAAUAGUGUAGUAUACCGAUUACCUCUGAUCAAAAUAAAGUAUGUGGACUACUUUUUUUUAUAGUGUAUUUAUUAAAGACAUGAGACUGGAAUGUGUAACUCAACUGAUGCAUCUCAUGAUUUAAUAUAUUCUGACCUUGAUACUCUGAGAGACUCACUUUUAGUGCAAAUAAAUAUUUAUACGUCUAAACUAA